AUGAGCGACGAUCAACCUCUACACGAGGGACUCUUUCCAGAUACUCCAGCACAUUACUUGCACGCCCAGACGGAUCAUGAGUUCCCACGUCUCCCUCAAACAAUCUCUCAUCGGGGUUAUAAGGGGAAAUUUCCAGAGAAUACAUUGUGUGCCAUAGAUGAGGCCAUUAAAGCAGGAACUCAAGCUCUGGAGCUCGAUCUGCGGCUCUCCCAGGAUGGGGUUGUUGUAUUGUCACAUGACGCGACUUUGAAACGAUGUUUUGGCAUCAACAAGAAGGUAGAGGACUGCGAUUGGGAUUAUCUCAGGACCAUUCGUACAUUGAAAGCGCCGCAAGAGCCGAUGGCUAGGCUAGUCGACGUCCUGGAAUUUAUGCGCCAACCGGGGCGUGAGCAUAUCUGGAUUCUGCUCGACAUCAAACGCAGCGACAAUCCCGACAUCGUCAUGAACCGCAUCGCGGAGACGAUCGAAUCAGUACCCAUCCCGGCGAAAGGACCAGACUGGCAUCGGCGAGUGCUCCUGGGCUGCUGGUCGGCUCGAUAUUUGCCUCUACGGGCACAAUAUCUGCCACGAUACAGCAUGACUUUAAUCUGCUUUGAUAUGAAUUACGCGCGCCAGUUUCUGCAUUUACCGGGGAUUUCUUUCAACGUCAACCAGAUGGUCUUGAUGGGCCCGCUCGGUCGGGGAUUUCUGGAGGAGGCACGAGCUGCAAAACGUCAUGUAUAUCUAUGGACGGUCAACACGCCGAACUUGAUGCGCUGGGCCAUUCGUCACAGGGUGGACGGAGUCAUCACCGACGAGCCAAGUCGAUUCAAACAGAUCUGUGAGGAAUGGGAGAAGGAAGAGAGGAACGAAACAGGGGCUUUACGAACUACAGAGUUGGAUCAGCUGACCGUAGGUGAGCGGCUUCGAAUUCUGGCCCUCAACGUCUUUCUUGUUCUCUUCGGUUGGUUUCUCAAGCGCAAAUAUUUCCCUUCCGUGGAGCGCGUCCAGUUCGAGCAACGAAAGGUCAGUUGA